GUGAGACUCUGUCUCAAAAAAAAAAUAAAAAUAAAAAUUGCUCAUGUUGUCUGCACCCAAGAUUCCUGAUUCACUGACCAUCCUGAUAAUUGGUCAGUCUCAUUUUGCCAGGCUGAAUUACUGUAGGAUCCUUAAUCCUCACAUAGUUAUCCUGGGUUCCAGUUCUGACCCACAACAACCAGCACUAUUACUUAGUUCUCUCUUCCAUGUCACCAAAGACAAUACCUAUUUUGUUUUUCUUGCAAGCCCAGACCAAAAAUGUCUGUAAAAAUUAACCUUAUUUGCUUGUGAUCCAUAGUAUGGAUGCUACGGUCCAAGGCUCAAUAUUUGGUUUACCCACCCAAUCCAUCUCUUUUUACACUUUGGGGGCAUUAUGAUGGGAAUUCAAAGAUGCUUCAAAAUUUCAUGGGGAAAAACCAGUUUGUUUUUUACUGAAAUCUUCCCUCUUGGUUUUUGUGUUCAGAUAACACUGGAUCACUUUUUUGUCACAAUUCUUUGCAAGAGACUAAUGACAUUAUCAUCUUGCUGAAACUGGCUUGAGUUACAUGUUUGAGAAAGACCCAACUCUUACUUUAGAAAUCAAAUACCAGUAGACCCUAAAGUAGUCCACUAUAGGCAAAAUGGGUCCAUUGGGCAUGUUUCCACUGAUACUUUUUUUUUUUGAGCAGAGUCUCACUCUGUCACCCAGGCUAGAGUGCAGUGGCAUGAUCUCGGCUCACUGCAACCUCUGCCUCCCGGGUUCAAGCAAUUCUCCUGCCUCAGCUUCCAGAGUGUCUGGGACCACAGGCACACGCCACCAUGCCCAGCUAAUUUUUUGUAUUUUUGGUAGAGAUGGAGUUUCACCAUGUUGCCCAGUCUGGUCUAGAACUCCUAAACUCAAGCGAUCCACCUGCCUUGGCCUCCCAAAGUGCUGGGGUUAAAGAUGUGAACCACUGCACCCAGUCUCAACCAUUUUUUGCUACAAAAAUGGAGAUUUCAUACACCCCAAACUAAAAAACUGGACCUCAAAAUGAAGAUAUUUAUGCUAUGCCUAUAUGCAUCAAAAAUAGGAUACUUUGGCUGGGCACGGUGGUUCACACCUGUAAUCCCAGCACUUUGGUAGGCCAAGGCAGGCAGAUUGCUUGAGCUCAGGAGUUCGAGACCAGCCUGGGCAACAUGGUGAAACCUCAUCUCUACAAAAAAAUACAAAAAUUAGCUAGGGAUGGUGGCAAGCACUUGUGAUCCCAGCUACUUGCCACUGCACUCCAGCCUGGGCAAUAGAGUGAGACCCUGUGUCUCCAAAAUAAAAAAUAAAAAAAAUAAUAAACACAGGAUACUUUGGUUAAUCCCUUUAAAUUAACAAAGGUAAUUACCUGAUGCAGAGAGAAAAAAACAGACAUUUUUAGAAGUGGAAAGGAUCCUAGAGGUAAUUCAGGAAGACAUGAAUAAAAGGUAAUAAAAAUGUUACUUUAGAACAAAUGACAAUAUGAAUGACUGUAGGGAAUAGCUAGGAAAAAAGGCCAGCCUGUAGAGAGUCUCAGAGUGGAAGGCACUUGCCUCUAAGCUCUAUGCCCAGAGAGGACAACAGAUCAGGUGUCUGUGAGUGAGAAACCAGGGGAUGCCCAAAGUUCAAGGGUAAGGACGGACUGUGAAGUUCUCAAAUCCAAGGAUGUCGGAAAGGACUAUUAAUCCAUAAACACAAACAUCACUUUAAACAAGUCAGGAUUGUUGAAUUUAAUUAAAAACAUUUUGUUCUGCUCUAAGCGUUUAAUAAAAGGAUUUAUGGAGAAAUUGCUAGGCUUGUAUAGCUUAGGAAAGAAGUGUUUAACAUUUUAUCUGCAAAUUGUAUUACUUUCUUCUAGAUACAGAUCAGAAGGAGAGGGAGAAUAAUAAUUAGCACUGGUGGA